UUUUUUUAUUCAGGGAGAGAAGCCAGGUGAUUUGAUAGCGAUCGCCUUCCCCAUUCGAGAUUUUCACUGUGGGCUUGUUUCUCAAAUGACCAACACCUGUAGGAAGUUAAUUUUCAGCAUGUCCCAGGAGAGCCAAAACGACUUUGUUCCUGUUGCUUACGACAAGGUGGACUUUAGAUGCCUCCUGUCUUUGAUAUCUAAGAAUUUUGAAAUAAAGUGAAUUAUGGGAUUGAAAGUCAGAGGGCAGAGCGCUCUCCCCAGCGGCCAGCCCCGCACAAGUGGUCUGGGGUGGAUCUUUAUACUGCCACUGCUCCAUGCCUGGAAGGUUAAGUGUCCAGGGAUAUUUUUAAACAGCGGGGGCUGGUUAAUCUAAAAGUGACAUUUACAGUCACAACAGUCAGCAGCUAGCAGGCUUUCAGGCCCGUAAGCAAACAAGGACUCAUCUAAGUAACCCUGAAUGCAUUUGGGAAGCCACCACGGGAAGAGAAAAGCUGAAGAAAUAAAAUGAGUUUCUGAAUGGUAUUACUUCUUUUUGUAUCUUGUCUGAUUUUCUCCUGCCUGACCUUUUCCUGGUUAAGAAUCUGGCGCAAAAUGACAGACUCACAGCCAGUCACUAAGAGUAAAUCAGAAGUGAGCUCCACCCAGAGCCAGGAGCCCUUCCCAGCCUCAGACAGCUUUGGGGAGCCACCGCAGAAGAAUGGCGAUGGCAGCUCUCUGCCGAAGACUCCCCAGCAGGCAGAGCCAGUCUCCCGCAGAGGCCCCAAAGAUGCCUGUCAGCGGAGAAACUCCUUGCCACCCUCACACCAGAAGCCUCCAAGAAACCCCCUUUCUUCCACUGAUGCAUCACCUUCCCCAGGACUCCAAUCCAAUGGCGCAGAGAGUGAAGGCCCGGAAGCCCCGGAUACCAAUGGUCUGUCCUCCCUACCCCAGCCCCAGGGCCAGCGAGCUCGAUCCCCCUCCAAAGAAGACAAGAAGCAGGCGAACAUCAAGAAGCAGCUGAUGACCAACUUCAUCCUGGGCUCGUUUGAUGACUACUCCUCCGAUGAGGACCCUGGUACUGGCUCAUUUCGUGAGUCUUCCCGGAAGGGCAGCCGGGCCAGCCUAGGGACAGUGACCCUGGAGGUGCCUCUGACCACGGGUGAACCUGACACCCGCAUCCCUACAAUGAGGCCAAGCAUGUCUGGACUCCACCUAGUGAAGAGGGGACGGGAACACAAGAAGCUGGAUCUACACAGAGACUUCACUGUGGCUUCCCCAGCUGAGUUUGUCACACGCUUUGGAGGGGAUCGGGUCAUCGAGAAGGUGCUUAUUGCCAACAAUGGUAUUGCUGCCGUGAAGUGCAUGCGUUCCAUCCGCAGGUGGGCCUAUGAGAUGUUCCGCAAUGAGCGGGCCAUCCGGUUUGUGGUCAUGGUGACCCCUGAGGACCUCAAGGCCAAUGCAGAGUACAUCAAGAUGGCGGAUCAGUACGUCCCUGUCCCAGGAGGGCCCAACAACAACAACUACGCCAAUGUAGAGCUGAUCGUGGACAUUGCCAAGAGAAUCCCUGUGCAGGCGGUGUGGGCUGGCUGGGGCCAUGCUUCUGAAAACCCCAAACUUCCGGAGCUGCUGUGCAAAGAUGGAAUUGCUUUCUUAGGCCCUCCCAGUGAGGCCAUGUGGGCCUUGGGAGACAAGAUUGCCUCCACCAUCGUGGCCCAGACGCUGCAGAUACCAACUCUGCCUUGGAGUGGUAGUGGUCUGACAGUGGAGUGGACAGACGAUGAUCUGCAGCAAGGGAAAAGAAUCAGUGUCCCGGAAGACGUGUAUGAAAAGGGUUGUGUGAAAGAUGUAGACGAGGGCUUGGAGGCAGCAGAAAAAAUUGGUUUUCCAUUGAUGAUCAAAGCGUCUGAAGGUGGUGGAGGGAAAGGAAUCCGGAAGGCUGAGAGUGCAGAGGACUUCCCGAUCCUUUUCAGACAGGUGCAGAGUGAGAUCCCGGGCUCACCGGUCUUUCUCAUGAAGCUGGCCCAGCACGCCCGUCACCUGGAGGUGCAGAUCCUCGCUGACCAGUACGGGAACGCGGUGUCUCUGUUUGGCCGAGACUGCUCUAUCCAGCGGCGGCAUCAGAAGAUCAUUGAGGAGGCGCCGGCCACCAUCGCCCCGCUGGCUGUGUUCGAGUUCAUGGAGCAGUGUGCUGUCCGCCUAGCCAAGACGGUGGGCUAUGUGAGCGCGGGGACGGUUGAAUACCUCUAUAGCCAGGACGGCAGCUUCCACUUCUUGGAGCUGAAUCCUCGCCUGCAGGUGGAACAUCCCUGCACAGAAAUGAUCGCGGACGUCAACCUGCCGGCUGCCCAGCUACAGAUCGCCAUGGGAGUCCCAUUGCACCGGCUGAAGGAUAUCCGGCUUCUCUAUGGAGAGUCGCCAUGGGGAGUGAUGCCCAUUUCUUUUGAAACCCCUGCAAAUCCCCCCCUCGCUCGAGGCCACGUCAUUGCAGCCAGAAUCACCAGCGAAAACCCAGACGAGGGGUUUAAGCCAAGUUCUGGCACAGUCCAAGAACUGAAUUUCCGCAGCAGCAAGAACGUGUGGGGUUACUUCAGCGUGGCUGCUACUGGAGGCUUACAUGAGUUUGCUGAUUCCCAGUUUGGGCACUGCUUCUCCUGGGGAGAGAACCGGGAAGAGGCCAUUUCGAACAUGGUGGUGGCUCUGAAGGAACUGUCCAUCCGAGGUGACUUUAGGACCACCGUGGAGUAUCUCAUUAACCUCCUAGAGACUGACAGCUUCCAGAACAACGACAUUGACACCGGGUGGUUGGACCACCUCAUCGCUGAAAAAGUGCAGGCCGAGAAGCCGGAUAUCAUGCUCGGGGUGGUGUGUGGGGCCUUGAACGUGGCCGACGCGAUGUUCAGAACCUGCAUGACGGAUUUCUUACACUCCCUGGAGAGGGGCCAGGUUCUUCCGGCAGAUUCACUGCUGAACAUUGUGGAUGUGGAGUUAAUUUAUGGAGGCAUUAAGUACAUUCUCAAGGUGGCCCGGCAAUCUCUGACCAUGUUUGUACUCAUCAUGAACGGCUGCCACAUCGAGAUUGAUGCCCACCGGCUCAAUGACGGUGGGCUGCUGCUGUCCUACAACGGGAACAGCUACACUACCUACAUGAAAGAAGAGGUGGACAGUUACCGAAUUACCAUCGGCAACAAGACGUGUGUAUUUGAGAAGGAGAACGAUCCCACAGUCCUGAGAUCUCCCUCAGCUGGGAAGCUGACACAGUACACAGUGGAGGAUGGGGGCCACGUCGAGGCUGGGAGCAGCUACGCAGAGAUGGAGGUGAUGAAGAUGAUCAUGACCCUGAACGUGCAGGAAAGUGGCCGGGUGAAGUACAUUAAGCGUCCUGGGGCCGUGCUGGAGGCAGGCUGCAUGGUGGCCAGGCUGGAGCUUGACGAUCCUUCUAAAGUGCACCCAGCUGAGCCAUUCAUGGGAGAGCUGCCGUCCCAGCAGACACUGCCCAUCCUCGGAGAGAAACUGCACCAGGUUUUCCACAAUGUCCUAGAAAACCUGACCAAUGUCAUGAGUGGCUACUGUCUGCCAGAGCCUAUUUUUAGCAUAAAGCUGAAGGAGUGGGUGCAGAAGCUCAUGGUGACUCUGCGGCACCCCUCACUGCCGCUGCUGGAGCUGCAGGAGAUCAUGACCAGCGUGUCGGGCCGUAUCCCUACCCCCGUGGAGAAGGCAGUCCAGCGGGUGAUGGCCCAGUACGCCAGCAAUAUCACCUCGGUGCUGUGCCAGUUCCCCAGCCAGCAGAUAGCCACCAUCCUGGACUGUCACGCGGCCACCCUGCAGCGGAAGGCUGACCGAGAGGUCUUCUUCAUGAACACGCAGAGCAUCGUACAGUUGGUGCAGAGAUACCGCAGUGGGACCCGCGGCUACAUGAAAACGGUGGUGUUGGAUCUCCUUAGAAGAUACUUGCAUGUCGAGCACCAUUUCCAACAAGCCCACUACGACAAGUGUGUGAUCAACCUCAGGGAGAAGUUCAAGCCAGACAUGUCCCAGGUGCUGGACUGCAUCUUCUCCCACGCACAGGUGGCCAAGAAGAACCAGCUGGUGAUCAUGUUGAUCGAUGAGCUCUGUGGCCCAGACCCUUCCCUGUCGGAUGAGCUGACCUCCAUCCUCAAUGAGCUCACUCAGCUGAGCAAAAGCGAGCAUUGCAAGGUGGCCCUCCGAGCCAGACAGGUCCUGAUCGCCUCCCAUCUCCCCUCCUAUGAGCUGCGUCACAACCAGGUGGAGUCCAUCUUCCUGUCUGCCAUUGACAUGUACGGCCACCAGUUCUGCCCAGAGAACCUCAAGAAAUUAAUACUUUCGGAAACGACCAUCUUUGAUGUCCUGCCUUCAUUCUUCUAUCACACUAACAAAGUCGUGUGCAUGGCGUCCUUGGAGGUUUAUGUGCGGAGGGGCUACAUCGCCUAUGAGUUAAACAGCCUGCAGCACCGGCAGCUCCCGGACGGCACGUGCGUGGUAGAAUUCCAGUUCAUGCUGCCCUCUUCCCACCCAAACCGGAUGGCCAUGCCCAUCAGCAUCACCAACCCUGACCUGCUGAGGCACAGCACGGAGCUCUUCAUGGACAGCGGUUUCUCCCCACUCUGCCAGCGCAUGGGGGCCAUGGUGGCCUUCGAGAGAUUCGAGGACUUCACCAGGAACUUUGAUGAGGUCAUCUCCUGCUUUGCCAAUGUGCCCAAAGAUACCCCCCUCUUCAGUAAGGCCCGAACCUCCCUGUACUCCGACGAUGACUGCAAGAGCCUCAGGGAAGAGCCCAUCCACAUUCUGAAUGUGGCCAUCCAGUGUGCAGACCGCCUGGAGGACGAGGCGCUGGUGCAGACCUUACGGACUUUCGUGCAGUCCAAGAAAAAUAUUCUUGUGGAUUAUGGACUCCGAAGGAUCACAUUCCUGAUUGCCCAGGAGAAAGAAUUUCCCAAGUUUUUCACAUUCAGAGCAAGAGAUGAGUUUGCAGAAGAUCGCAUUUACCGUCACUUGGAGCCGGCCCUGGCCUUCCAGCUGGAGCUCAGCCGGAUGCGCAACUUCGACCUGACCGCCGUACCCUGCGCCAACCACAAGAUGCACCUUUACCUGGGUGCGGCCAAGGUGAAGGAAGGGGCAGAAGUGACGGACCACCGGUUCUUCAUCCGGGCCAUCAUCAGGCAUUCCGACCUGAUCACGAAGGAGGCCUCCUUCGAGUACCUGCAGAACGAGGGAGAGCGGCUGCUCCUGGAGGCCAUGGACGAGCUGGAGGUGGCCUUCAACAACACCAGUGUGCGCACCGACUGCAACCACAUCUUCCUCAACUUCGUGCCCACCGUCAUCAUGGACCCCUCCAAGAUUGAGGAGUCUGUACGCUCCAUGGUUAUGCGAUAUGGCAGCCGCUUGUGGAAACUCCGAGUGCUACAGGCUGAGGUCAAGAUCAACAUCCGCCAGACCACCACGGGCAGUGCCGUCCCCAUCCGCCUGUUCAUCACCAACGAAUCGGGCUACUACCUGGACAUCAGCCUGUACAAAGAGCUGACCGACCCGAGAUCUGGAAACAUCAUGUUUCAUUCCUUUGGCAACAAACAAGGGCCCCAGCACGGGAUGCUGAUCAAUACUCCCUAUGUCACCAAGGAUCUGCUUCAGGCCAAGCGAUUCCAGGCCCAGUCCUUGGGGACCACCUACAUCUAUGACUUCCCAGAGAUGUUCCGGCAGGCCCUCUUUAAACUGUGGGGCUCCCCAGACAAGUACCCGAAAGACAUCCUGACGUACACGGAAUUAGUACUGGACUCUCAGGGCCAGCUGGUGGAGAUGAACCGACUUCCUGGUGGAAACGAGGUGGGCAUGGUGGCCUUCAAAAUGCGGUUCAAGACCCAGGAGUAUCCGGAAGGGCGGGAUGUGAUUGUCAUCGGCAAUGACAUCACCUUCCGCAUUGGCUCCUUUGGCCCACGGGAGGACCUUCUGUACCUGAGGGCAUCUGAGAUGGCCCGGGCAGAGGGCAUCCCUAAAAUCUACCUGGCAGCCAACAGUGGGGCCCGCAUCGGCAUGGCAGAGGAGAUCAAACACAUGUUCCAGGUGGCUUGGGUGGACCCAGAAGACCCCCAAAAAGGAUUUAAGUACCUGUACCUGACUCCCCAAGACUUCACCAAAAUCAGCUCCCUGAACUCCGUCCACUGUAAACACAUCGAGGAAGGAGGAGAAUCCAGGUACGUCAUCACGGAUAUCAUUGGGAAGGACGAUGGCCUGGGCGUGGAGAAUCUGAAGGGCUCGGGCACCAUUGCUGGGGAGUCCUCCUUGGCUUAUGAAGAGAUUGUCACCAUUAGCUUGGUGACUUGCCGAGCCCUUGGGAUCGGAGCCUACUUGGUGAGGCUGGGCCAGCGAGUGAUCCAGGUGGAAAACUCCCACAUCAUCCUCACAGGAGCAAGUGCUCUCAACAAGGUCCUGGGAAGAGAGGUCUACACGUCCAACAACCAGCUGGGGGGCGUGCAGAUCAUGCAUUACAAUGGUGUCUCCCACAUCACCGUGCCAGAUGACUUCGAGGGCGUCUAUACCAUCCUAGAGUGGCUGUCCUAUAUGCCAAAGGAUAAUCUCAGCCCAGUCCCUAUCAUCACACCCACUGACCCCAUUGACAGAGAAAUUGAAUUCCUCCCAUCCAGAGCUCCCUACGAUCCCCGGUGGAUGCUUGCAGGAAGGCCUCACCCAACUUUGAAGGGAACCUGGCAGAGUGGAUUCUUCGACCAUGGCAGCUUCAAGGAAAUCAUGGCACCCUGGGCCCAGACCGUGGUGACAGGACGAGCAAGGCUGGGCGGGAUCCCCAUUGGAGUGAUCGCUGUAGAGACCCGGACAGUGGAAUUGGUGGUCCCUGCAGACCCUGCCAACCUGGAUUCUGAAGCCAAGAUAAUCCAGCAGGCGGGCCAGGUGUGGUUCCCAGACUCCGCCUACAAAACCGCCCAGGCCAUAGAGGACUUCAGGAGGGAAAAGCUGCCCCUUCUGAUCUUUGCCAACUGGAGGGGCUUCUCUGGGGGUAUGAAAGACAUGUAUGACCAGGUGCUGAAGUUUGGCGCCUACAUAGUGGAUGGCCUCAGGAAGUACACACAGCCUAUCCUGAUCUACAUCCCACCCUACGCAGAGCUCCGGGGAGGCUCCUGGGUGGUCGUCGAUGCCACCAUCAACCCCCUAUGCAUAGAAAUGUACGCCGACAAAGAGAGCAGGGGAGGUGUUUUGGAGCCAGAGGGAACAGUGGAGAUUAAGUUCCGAAAGAAAGACCUGAUCAAGUCCAUGAGAAGGCUCGACCCAGUUUACAAGAAGCUCGUGGAACAGCUGGGGGCGCCGGAGCUCUCAGAGAAGGAGCGCAAGGACCUGGACAGCCGGCUGAAGGCUCGCGAGGACAUGCUGUUCCCCAUCUACCACCAGGUGGCGGUGCAGUUCGCCGACCUCCACGACACACCCGGCCGGAUGCUGGAGAAGGGUGUCAUCUCUGACAUCCUGGAGUGGAAGACGGCACGCACCUUCCUGUACUGGCGUCUGCGCCGGCUCCUCCUGGAGGACCAGGUCCGGCAGGAGAUCCUGCGGGCCAGCGGCCAGCUGAGCCAUGUGCACAUCCAGUCCAUGCUGCGCCGCUGGUUUGUGGAGUCGGAGGGUGCCGUCAAGGCCUACCUGUGGGACAACAACCAGGUGGUGGUGCAGUGGCUGGAGCAGCACUGGCAGGCGGAGGAUGGCCCGCACUCCACCAUCAGUGAGAACAUCAGGUGCCUGAAGCACGACUCCGUCCUCAAGACCAUCCGAGGCCUAGUCCAAGAAAACCCUGAGGUGGCCAUGGACUGCGUGAUGUAUCUGAGCCAGCACAUCAGCCCAGCCGAGCGGGCCCAGGUUGCUCACCUGCUGUCUACCCUGGAGAGCCCAGCCUCCACCUGACCUGGCGUCAGCCAUUCUCAGGACCACGGGCAAGAGGAACCAUGUUGACCACUAACCUCACAUCUUCAUUGAGGCCUUGCUUUAAACAAAAUAAAGUUAAAGUCCUGGGCAUUUCUGCAGGGCUGCUGAUCCCCACCUGACUCCUAUCUCAAUAAAAGGCCCAGGGGUGCAUCUUCCAAGCAGAAAGAGCCUUCCCUGGAGCCUUCUCCAGAGUUGGGAAGUUUGUUCUGUUCUGUCUCUUAAGACAAAAUUUUUGCUGCAUCACAGAAUCAAAUUGAACCAAAACAUGUGUUUCCUUCUGCUUUUCUGUGCCUGGGAGCCAGGAGAUCUUUAUAUCACAUCAUGGAAUCUUUUAUUUUUUUAUUCUGAGACCAGCACUUGAUGUAAGUGUCUUGCAUAUUUCAGCUGAAUAAAAGGGCCACAGAAAAAAAUUUGUAAACAAGACUAGAGAGAAAACCUAUUUUUAUAAUGAUGCUUCUUUGAAUACUGCGUGGUCAUCCAGGAAGGGGUAUGAAUGGUUUUUUCAUUAAGAGAAUAAAAUGUUACUUCCUUUCCCAAGUGGCUCCAGUGAAUCACUAGGAAUGUCCCACUGGCAGGCCACGCUUAACACGCUCAUUAGCAGAGAUUCGCUUUUCAAGAAAGGGAAAGCAAAACAGGCGCGGCCUGGCUGCAGGUUCCAGGCCAUUUGGAGGAGUCUUUAAUUCGGCCGUAGUCCUCUGCCUGCCUCUUCCCUCCAAGGAAAACAAGGACUGCCCCUCCCACUUCAGGAUUGGCCACCCACCCUGCACGUGUGCUCCAUGCACAAGUACAGAGGGGGAGGGGAAGCCCUCAGCCAGACUCACAGCCCAACUUGCUCAUCAGCGUUGCCGCCAUCACCCUUCGAGUUGCUGUUGUUUCCUCACCUGUCGGCUUGAUGUCCAUGGUGGGAUGCAGCCCCAAGGAACAGAGCUGUUGGUGACCACAGACCAGACUGUGAUGAUCACGCCAAUUUACUCAGGGAAGACUCUGCAAUGGGACCUCCAGCACCUGGCUCUGAAGCCUGCACAACCUUGGGGCUGGCGGUCCUCUGGUCCCUCCCACCUGUGCUGGAGUUAGAGGUGAGGGGACUUGCCCCCAGCCUGCGGCCCUGGUGAGCCGUCUGCCUGCGACACUGAAGGUUAUGACUUGCCAAUGCGGAAGCCCAUGGGGUUGCCCAGGGAAGCCUCUGCAAGCUGGGAUGCUUGAGGAUGUCCAAGUUUAAAAAAAUAAUACUCUGAUGUCAUCCAGUGACAGCCCUGGCAAGUAAGGGUGGUGUGGAGGCAGUGAAGGGCAGGAGAAGCGGAUUGUCCAUUGUCCCGUCAUGGGGCUUGCUGAGGAACCAAAGGUUGUUCAAUCAGGCAAGGCCCUCUUGGUUUGGGAGGGGAAGACAAGUCUAUGAAUAGUUGCUUUCCUAGAACAGUGGGUAGAGGGCUCCCCGGGAUGUGUGCACAAUAAACUAUUUUUUGAAGGAAAAA